GCGACAUUUCCUCCCCACCAUCCCGUGCCUUUCCUCUUCCUCUCCCCACCUAUUUCAUGGUGACCUGACCUCCAAUCCUACCCAAAUGCACCUCUAAAAUCUCUCCUGCACUCUACCACCGCUGCUCCCUACAGCUGCCGCCGUGCGGUCGCCGCGGACGCCACACCUCCCCAAGGCCCCUCCGCCGUCGCCGUUCCGGUUCUGCCUCGUCGCGGCAUCGCGUCCCUGCUGUCUCCACCCUGCCCGCGAUCUCGGGCGGACAUUGGUGUCUGAGGUAUCGUGGAGGACUUCUCAAUUCCAUCUCUUUCUUGUUCUUCUGACCAAAGGUUGACCGGGUGAGAAGAAUUCUUGCCUGAUUAUUCUCAAAGAUGCCUGGAAUCAUAGUGGACGGAGUUGUCACGGAGGAGGUGCCGGCCGAGGCGAGCUCCUCCCAAAACAAGGAGAAUUUGCCUGCCCCGCGGUCGCCUGUGGCCGCAGCCAUGGUGGGGAGCAUGCAAAGUGAGACACUCGAGAUGCACGUUGAGAAUUCCGGUGCAGGGGAGCCCUCGAUUGAGCAGCUCUACAACAAUGUGUGUGAGAUGGAGAGCUCGAGCGAGGGCGGAUCCCCGUCGCGCGAGAGCUUCGGGUCGGAUGGGGAGGAAUCGAGGAUUGACUCGGAGCUCCGCCACCUUGUUGCUGGGGAGAUGGAGGCUGUGAAGGUCAUUGAGGAGGAGGAGAAGGAGAAGGAGGAUGGAAGUGUUACCAAUGCAGCAACAGCUACUGUUGGGAAUGGAACCCCUGUCAAGGCACAGUCUUCUAGUUCAUCCAAGAAGUCAAAGAAGGCUGCGAAAUCGCAGCUUGAAUCUGAUGCUUCUGUUGGCCCCAACGGCAAGGCAUCCCCCGAGGAAGGGGAGAGCGAGGUCAGCAAGCCUGGAAGCCGAGUUGGCCGUCGCCGGAAAGCUAGUGCCAAUCCACAGAAUGGAACAGAAGAUGCCGGGCUCGAUAACCCAGACCUUGGUCCAUUUCUUCUUAAGCAUGCAAGAGACUUGAUCGCCUCUGAUAAUCCGCGGCGGGCACUGAAAUAUGCCCUCCGCGCUACCAAGUCAUUCGAGAAAUGUGCAGGUGGAAAGCCAAGCUUGAACUUGGUCAUGAGUUUGCAUGUCGUGGCUGCAAUCCAUUGCAACAUGGGGAAGUAUGAAGAGGCUGUAUCUGUGCUACAACGAUCCCUCGAGAUUCCUGUGACUGAGGAAGGUCAGCAGCACGCUCUCGCGAAGUUUUCUGGUUGCAUGCAGUUGGGGGACACCUAUGGCAUGCUAGGUCAGACUGCUCUCUCGCUGCAAUGGUAUGCCAAAGGGCUUGAUGUCCAGAAGCAGACACUAGGGGAGCAGGAUCCAAGGGUUGGAGAGACCUGCCGGUACUUGGCUGAGGCUCAUGUGCAGGCACUGCAAUUAGAUGAAGCACAGAAAUUGUGCCAGAUGGCUCUUGACAUUCACAGGGAUAACGGUCAGCCAGCAUCACUUGAAGAAACGGCUGAUAGGAGGCUAAUGGGACUUAUUUGUGACACAAAGGGUGACCAUGAAGCUGCGUUAGAACACCUACUGAUGGCGAGCAUGUCCAUGGUGUCCAAUGGCCAGGAGACUGAGGUGGCCUCAGUGGAUUGCAGCAUUGGUGACAUUUAUCUCUCACUGGGUCGCUAUGAUGAGGCUGUAUGUGCUUACCAGAAAGCUCUUACAGUAUUCAAGACUAGCAAAGGGGAGAAUCAUGCGACCGUGGCUUCUGUUUUUCUGCGGCUUGCAGAUCUAUACAACAAAACAGGGAAGCUCAGGGAAUCAAAAUCAUACUGUGAGAAUGCUCUCAAAAUUUACCAGAAACCCAUUCCGGGCACGUCUCUUGAAGAAAUUGCCACUGGUUUAACUGAUGUUUCAGCGAUAUACGAGACGAUGAAUGAGCAUGAUCAAGCACUGAAGUUACUCCAGAAGGCCUUAAAGAUGUACAACAAUUCUGCUGGCCAACAGAGCACAAUUGCUGGAAUUGAAGCUCAGAUUGGUGUCUUGCACUAUAUCUCAGGGAAUUAUGGUGAGGCGUACGACUCCUUCAAGAGUGCGAUUACAAAGCUCCGCACAUGUGGUGAGAAAAAGUCCGCCUUCUUCGGUAUUGCCCUGAACCAGAUGGGCCUGGCAUGUGUUCAAAGAUACUCCAUAAAUGAAGCCGCAGAACUCUUCGAGGAAGCUAGAACCGUUCUGGAGCAAGAAUAUGGGCCAUAUCAUCCAGAUACUCUAGGAGUCUACAGCAAUCUUGCUGGAACUUAUGAUGCAAUGGGAAGAUUGGAUGAGGCCAUUGAGAUCUUGGAAUACGUUGUUGGAAUGCGCGAAGAGAAGCUAGGUACAGCGAACCCAGAUGUGGAUGACGAGAAGCGGAGGCUUGCCGAGCUACUGAAGGAGGCUGGUCGGGGGAGGAGCAGGAAGGCGAAGUCCCUGGAAAAUCUGCUCGAGACCAACCCAUACACCGUCAUGAAGAGGACUUCGGUUGCAGCAUGAGUGAACUAUACUGCUUAAAAAAAAAAACACUAUGACGCUAAGAAUUUGUGUAUCAAUUGGUUUAUUCAAAUGUGGUGAGGGUAUAUGGUGACAGUAGGAGUAUUUUGAGGAUCUAGAGGCACAAAGUCUGAUUGAUUGUUUGUAAAGUUGCAAAGGCUAUUAUCACUUGUAAUUUGUUCAGUGCCUAUAGCUCGUAAGUCGUAACUGUGCUCGUUGAACAGUUUUUUUAUUGGUGCUCCUGGAA